UACGACACACGCAUACAAAAAAAAAAAAAAAACGUGUAUACACGCGGCAGUCCAUCACUCUGCACAACAUUGAUAUUGUGUAUCGUCAACAACGCUGUUUGCCGUCAUGUUGUGUCGACGAACGUGAGGCCGUGAUUGACGCCGCUUAUAUAAGUGACCUUGUGGGCAGCUGCGGCGCUGCGGGGGGGUGUCGAGCGGGUGUGCGUUUGUGUUCCGUGGGGGUGGAUGGGGAUCCGGUGGCCAUCUAAAGUGGGAAACUGGAUCUCUGCCACGCAAGCCCACGAGCAAGGGAACGCACGCAUGACCUCGGGCGUAUUGAUCGUGUUAUAAAAGGCGGCGUGAAACGGUCGCCGCCGCUCCGUACAUAUUAGAUUGAAAAGUCGCUCGCGUGGGCGAAUGCUCCGUGUCGUCAUGGCAACGAGCCGUCGCAUUUAAUUUGGGAAAGCGCGGCGAGGCGAGGCCCGUUUCGGUGAAACCCGAGUCCGGCCGGGAGGGGUUUGGAGCAAGGGACGGGACACCUGACGCUCAUGUGAAGCACAAUACCACACACGCAGAUCUUCUACUAUGACGCACGCGACUCGUAAACUAUUUAAAAAAAAAAAAAAAAUGUUUUACUUGCAGAUUUUGUACACGAUCACGAGUGACGUGUCCAACUUGUUUGCAAAGUCGGAAUGAAAUUUAAUAAGCUUCAGGCGGAGGAGGGAGGCCGCUGCUCACGACGCUCGUCAAGUUUUGACAGCAUCGGUAGCAAAGCGAGAGGAGAAUUCGAGGUGACCCCCGACGCGCUCCAAGGCUCGAGAAGCUGGCGUCGGAUCUCGCCGAGUGAUGAUAUCGGGCUGAUGAUCCUCAGGAAAUAAUUUUGGCUUUGUUCCACGGCAAGAAGCCGAAAGAAGGACACAAAGCGGCGUGAAACAAACAUUUUGACACAAAGCGGUUGAAAGUUCAUUUCAUCACGAACAAAACUGAAUUAGUUCGGCUCACGCAUUCAAAAUUUGGAACCGAUUGAUCGGUGGCGCCGGGACCUCGAAAUGGUCCCAAAUCUCUGCAGGCCCCCCAUGUGCGAUUCUGGGGUUCUUGUGAUCAUUUUGACCCCACAAGGUGAGGUCUUAGGCGAGGUCCCGGAUCGAGGGACAUUUUCCGUGGUCUUGUACAGUACGUCUCCCGCGACUUGUCUUCCCGACCUGGUGCAGGUCUACAAUUUUGUUUCUGGCGUCCUUUGGACAGAAGAACCUCCCAAAGAAGACCUUACGGGUCAGAGAGAGCCAGAAACCUUGUUUGUAGGUGACCAGAUCCUCAUUUUCUACCUUCAAUUGCCGAUAAAUUCUUGGGGGAAAAAAAAAAAAAAAAAAAAUGAGAUUGAUUUCAAUUUUCUGGAUAUUUUGUCCCUGGUAGGUGAGGUACAGUUUGUCUAUGACGUCAACGAAAGGCCUCUCUCGUGUUUUGAAGCGGGAGAACUCGCGCGAUUUUUGCCCCACUGCAGUCUGUCGCGUGAGAAGAGCUUCAGCGGUUCACGCCGGGCCCGCCGACGGCGAGGUGAAAGGUCUCGGCGUUCUCUCUGCAGCUGUCGCCCCUCCCACCGUUUCCUCGUGGCCUUUUGCAACGCCGCCCAAUCACGGCGGGGGAGGCGGCGCUAUAAAAGUCGGCGUCCAACACCUGGCGCACUCGGGCAACCCCUACAUUCGGUGGACAGGAUCUGAUCCCGGGAUCGGUUACGUCUUUCUUUCCUCCUGAGUAGUUGGAGCAGCAAUCGCAGCCAUGGCCAAAAAUUGCCACAACGACUACAAGAUGAAGUUCUCGGCGGACGACGAAUUUCCCGACCUGUCCCAGCACAACAACCACAUGUCCAAGGUUCUGACCAAGGAGAUCUACGCCAAGCUGAGGGGCAAGUCCACCCCCAGCGGUUUCACCCUGGAUGACGUGAUCCAGACCGGCGUGGACAACCCCGGACACCCCUUCAUCAUGACGGUGGGCUGCGUGGCCGGCGACGAGGAGUGCUACGAGGUCUUCAAGGACCUGCUGGACCCCGUCAUCUCCGACCGUCACAACGGAUACGGACCCAACGACAAGCACAAGACCGACCUGAACUUCGAGAACCUGAAGGGCGGCGACGACCUGGACCCCAACUACGUCCUGUCCAGCCGCGUUCGGACCGGCCGCAGCAUCAAAGGCUUCACGCUGCCGCCGCACAACAGCCGCGGAGAGCGCAGAGGCAUCCAGAAGCUGUCCAUUGAGGCCUUGGCCAGCCUGGAGGGCGAGUUCAAGGGCAAGUACUACCCCCUGGACGGCAUGACCGACGCCGAGCAGGAGCAGCUGAUCGCCGACCACUUCCUGUUUGACAAGCCCGUGUCGCCGCUGCUGACGUGCGCCGGCAUGGCCCGCGACUGGCCCGACGCGAGGGGCAUUUGGCACAACGACAACAAGACCUUCCUGGUGUGGGUGAACGAGGAGGACCACCUGCGCGUCAUCUCCAUGCAGAAGGGGGGCAACAUGAAGGAAGUCUUCAGACGCUUCUGCGUGGGUCUGCAGAAGAUCGAGGCGAUCUUCAAGAAGCACAACCACGGCUUCAUGUGGAACGAGCACCUGGGCUACAUCCUCACGUGCCCCUCCAACCUGGGCACCGGCCUGCGCGGCGGCGUCCACGUCAAGCUGCCCAAGCUCAGCACGCACGCCAAGUUCGAGGAGAUCCUCACCAGACUGCGCCUGCAGAAGCGCGGCACAGGUGGCGUGGACACGGCCUCCGUGGGCGGCGUGUUCGACAUCUCCAACGCCGACCGUCUGGGCUCCUCCGAGGUGCAGCAGGUUCAGAUGGUGGUGGACGGCGUCAAGCUGAUGGUGGAGAUGGAGAAGAAGCUGGAGAAGGGCGAGUCCAUCGACGGCAUGAUCCCCGCCCAGAAGUAAACGCAAAGACCAACGACCGCCGCGGCGACUUGUCUUUGCUGUUGUUGUUGUUUUUUUUUUUUUUUUUUUAAUAUAUAUAUAUAUAUAUAUAUAUAUAUAUAUAUAAAAAUCAAAAUGAAGCCGGUUUGUCCUUGGGCAAUAUCAGUACCCUCCUUUCUUUCUCCUCUUUGACAUCCUGGGAUCAAUCCAUCCACUCACUAUUUCUCUGGUUGUAAAUUAAAACUGGACAAAUAAAACAAAAGCCCCAU